GUCUCGCAAUUGAGGCCUGGCAAUUUUGCAAUACAGAUAAAUCAUGGCUUUGCCGCGGUUGUUCAAUUGGGGCGAGAAUUGGAUGGAGAGUUGAAUGUCAGUCAGUCAGCUCAAAGGACGACAGCCAUACCAGACCACAACUUCUCAUUCUCAUCACCACCGAUCCCCUCGCAAGCAACAACAUGAGUCUCACUGCCACCGACUCUCCCGGCAAUGCCUUCUACCCAAACACUCCCCCCAUGCGUCGACCGGGCAUGACGUACCUCUACCGCCUGGAAUGCGACAUCGAUAAAGAAGAGCUCAAUCUCGGGGCUCCGCAUGGAGCGGGAGUGUUCCGCAGCAUCGCGAACGUCGUCGGCGGCACCUUCAAGGGCCCCGAGCUGUCAGGCACCGUCUUGCCGCUGGGAGGAGCCGACUGGUCGACCAUGAUUGAAGGCACGCAUUCCAUCACGCUCGAUGCGCGCUACACGGCCAAGACCGACGACGGCCACUAUCUCUACAUCCAAGCCCAUGGGCUCUACCGUCCUGGAUCUGGAACCGCGUACGCGCGCCAGGUGGCGGAGGAUCCUCUGUCUCGGCCGCCUCCCACUGUAUCCCAGGAUGAUGUGGAGUUCUUCUCGCAUCUGCGCAUCGAGGCGGGACCGGGCAAGUAUAACUGGUUGAAUGGGCUGGUCUGCGUUGGGGUGAUGACCUGUGUGGAGGAUCGGAUUGUCAUUGAUGCGUACUAUCUGACGAAUUUUGAGGGGGUGAAGCCGGACGAUGUGAUGAUGAAGCCUGUGGGGAUAGGUAGAUAG